CCUCAGGUUUCUCUGUGGUUGUAUUCAGUUUAGUGCAGUUCUAGUGCAGUAUUAGGUCAGUUAAAAAGAAUAAACCUUUUGUUCUACUGAACGCGGCCAUUGUUCUGUAGGUUCCGUAGGUUAUUCGUUCCGUCUACAAAGUUACGAAAUAAUUAUAGUAUAAAAUUGGCUUGGUUUAUAACGAGGUUUUAAUACGUGUAAACUAGCAUAUUGUUUCUGAUUGUUCUCCGUUUUUAUUUUUAUUAUUAGCAAAAUGAAUGUAUUAAAAGCAGAAAUAAUGAGAAAACGUAAAGAGUUGGAGGAUAGCCAUGUUUUGGAGAAUAAUAGAAAAUAUUUCAAAAGAAGUCAGUUAAUAUCAAAAGAAGAAGAAGUACAUGAAACUGACAGGAAGAAUAAUGAAGUCACACCAUUAAGUGUAAGUCAACGGUUAGAAGAGUGUGUAACAGAUAGCUCUGAACAUUUGAUGCUAUCUAGACAAGAAGUAAUUAGACGAUUACGGGAACGAGGAGAACCUAUAUUAUUAUUUGGAGAAUCAGAGGUGGAAGCAUUCAAAAGAUUAAGGAAAUGUGAAAUUCUCGAGCCAGAAGUAAACAAAGGCUUCAGAAACGAUUUUCAAGAGGCUAUGGAACAGGUGGAUCAAGCAUAUCUUAAUGAGAUCUUGACAUCCUCCAAGUCUCAAAAUCUUGAUGGGAAAGGAGAUGUAAAUGUACCUGAUGAAGAAGUUAUCUAUGAAGAUAUAGAGAAGAUGUCGACCAAACUGAACAAGGGAGACAAGGACUUUGACAUGAAUGUUAUCACUCUGUUUGUGCAAUAUCUGGUUCAAAUAUGGGGUAAUCAAUUAAACAGUCGAACAGCUGCUGAAAAGAUGAGCAGCAAGGGCAAAAUGAACAGUGCUACCUAUGCUCAAACAAGAGAAUAUUUGAAGCCACUUCUGAGGAAACUAAAGAAUAAGUCUCUGCCGGAAGAUAUAACUGAUAGUUUAACAGAGAUUGUUAAACAUUUGUUGCAACGUAAUUACAUACUAGCUAGCGAUGCUUAUUUGCAAAUGGCUAUAGGUAAUUCUCCAUGGCCUAUCGGUGUGACUAUGGUCGGUAUCCACGCACGUACUGGAAGAGAAAAAAUCUUCUCGAAGAAUGUCGCUCAUGUUAUGAAUGAUGAAACACAGAGAAAGUAUAUUCAAGCGCUAAAAAGACUGAUGACUAAAUGUCAAGAAUAUUAUCCUACGGAUCCUUCGCGUUGUGUGGAAUAUUCAAAAAAUUAAAUACAGUUAAAUAAAGGCAUUGACUUAUGUGAUGAUAUACAAAAUGAAGUAGAAUGUAUAUUUCAAGUUUGUAUUUAUAGUUCAAGAUUAAUAUUUUAAUCGAAUAUGUAAUA